AUGCCCUCGAACGCGAGCAGGUCCAGUCUCGGCAGCAACUUUGACGAUGACUUUGAGUUGGAUGAAGAUGGUUGGAAUAUUCUCCAGGAACUUGAAGCGAACGCAUCCCAGGCUUCAUCAUCAGCGAGCCCCACGAGGACGCGCUUCUCCGCCGAAGCCUGGCGGCUACGGAGUCCGCGGGUGGAUAACACACCCGCCACGCCGAGUACGAAUAGGAGGGCAGCUGCUCUCCAGGAUAGGACGCCUGCUACCCCGUCACCAGCCGUUCGUCAAUCGGCAUCGGGCGUUUCGCGGGCCUUGGCGCAGUCGCUCGACAGUGCAUCGUUGCAGGAUGACGGUUAUGCAGUCUCUCCGCACACCCCUUUGGCGCCUCUACGGCUGUUCUCGCGGGGUCGGCCACAGAUGCCUCCGCCGUCUCACAUUCCAGAACGACACUCUCUCCAGCCUACUUCGACUCAGUCGUCCUUACAAACCGAUGCGAGUGGUGAUUCGUUCUUUGCCGACUCACGCUCGCGCACUUCGUCGAUGUCUUCCGCCGAUCACUCGUCCUCCUCGCAAAGUUCUCCCCGAAAGCGCGCUGCGGGCGAGAGCGCGCUAUUUGGUGGUUCACCGUCCAAGGCCCGCAAGCUCAGCCCCGAUGCGAAUCCGCGAUGCGAUCCACCCGAGCCCCUAUUCUCGCUCACUUCGCUCUUCGAGGGCAAGCACGGCUGCGAGCUGCCUGCGCUAAUCAUCGCACACGAUACCACGGCGCAGAAGAUGUUUGACGAGAUCGGCGUGCCGUUGGGUGCGCAGUGGGAACUGGCACGGGGCGUCGUGGCCCGGAAGUGGACUUGGAAGAAAGUGGUCGAUAAACUGAAGCAGCAUCGCACCCUAUUCUUGACUGGCGACGCGAAUGCGAGUAUAAAGAUCGCUCCCAAUGUCGUCAACAUCAUGCUGGGCCGUGACGCGAAAGCGGUGAGCGCGAAAGAACUGCGCAUGUGGGCUGAAGUCGACCGGGAGAGUUACAUCCGCGGAAAAGUUCUCGACGGUCCGGCACUGGGUGCCUUGGAUGGGCCCAAAGAAAAUUACUACGGUGGCCAGAUCAGAUAUGGCGUGAGGCUGAGAGGGAAAGAAGGAAAGUACAAACUGCGUCUGGAGAAGCCAACGAAGGGUCGAUCGUUUCGCUUCGCCCGCGUUUUGGGAUCAGCCUCCGUUCUGCAUGUCUCACUUCCGGACAAGUUGGUCCAAAACGAGCCGGAACAACUCGCGGCCUUCUUCUCGCAGCGAUUCAUUUUGAACGGUCGCGUCUUCAUUGCCAUUCCCCCGAAAGAUACGAACUCGAUCUAUCUGAUUGAGACAGAGCAAGGGUGGGAACGGUCGAGUUUGAAGUAUUUUGGGGACCAACGGAGGGUCUCAUUUGACUCUUUUCUGAAAACCCACAAUCCCCCCGCUCUGAACAGCAAUCAGCCGUUUGCCAAGUACAUUGCGCGCUUUGCGCUGGGCUUGUCGACCUCGACCCCUGUUCUCGAGUUCCAGGAGGCAUCCAUCCACUUCAUUGACGACGUGAUCUCCUCCACUUGGAAGGGCACCGGGAAAGUUCCCGCUGAGCAAACAAUGACUGACGGCUGCGGAUUCAUCAACCAGGCGGGAUUCCGAAUCAUCGCCGCGCGGCUCGACUAUCCGACACCUCCUACGGCAGUCCAAGGACGCAUUGGCGGUAGCAAAGGACUGUGGACGUUGCACCCGUCGAACGCAGAUGCGGAACCCAAGAUUUGGAUCCGGGCGUCCCAGCGCAAAAUUCGCCUGGAAGGCUCGAGACGAGAACACCGUAUCUUUGAUCUACUGCGGGCAUCGCAUCCUCCAGCGAGCGAGACCCGUGAGUCUCUGUCCGAGCAGAGUAUCCUCUGUCUGUCACACAACGGAGUGCCAGAUGAAGUGUUCGUGAAAUUGAUGCUGGAUGGGUUAGCAGGCAGCGUCGAGCCGCUGCUGGAUUGGACGCCUGGAUCGAGAGCUGCUUUGUGGAGGGCUGUAGAGAAAGCAGGCAACGUGUCUAAUUCGAGGCUCCAGAGAUUCGCUGGCAGUCAGAGCCGCGUCCUUGGCUUGCGGGGCCGAGAUCCUGAAGAGAGUGUCGAGAAUGACGAAACCGAGGAAUCGUCAUUGGCCGUCGAAGACGACGACGAGAAAGAUGAUUACGACGACGAUAAUCCACGUUCGCUCGCUGAAGAUGGCAGGGAUCUGGCUGGUGGUCCAUUAAGUCUGCAUGAACGGACUGUAGAGCUCAUCCAGGCUGGUUUUAGCCCGCGCGAAGACGAGUACCUGAAUACCAAACUACGCUGGAUCGUCAAGAACGAGAUCGCUGCUGUUGUAGACCGCUGUCGUAUCUCUCUGCCAGCCUCGACGGCGGCUGACGGGUUUGUCAUUCCCGACCCUCUCGAUGUGCUGAGGGAGGGCGAGAUCUACUUUCGCGCUUCAAAUGGGAUGGUCAAUGCUGAGACGCAGGAGUGCAUUCAGACGCUGACCGGCCGUGUGAUUAUUAUGACGGAGGUCUACACGGUCAUCUUUACGUGGCUUCAAUCCUUGUUGGAUCAUUUCAGAAACAGUCCACUCGCAGCCGCCCCUCCCGACCUGGAUGAUUGUUUCGAGCGGAAUGUCAAGUCUGUGACGGCAUUGGAAACUGAGCUGGCUUUUAUGGAUCCUGUGGCAGCCCAACGGGAGUUCCAGCGGCAUCUACUCACGGGCUUGAAGGCAACGCAAGUUGGACUGUAUUCCUUCUUUCAUGAAAACGCGAUUUACAAGCAUGGAUAUGAUCAUCCCGAGGCUAUUCUGAUGGCUCAUAUCGGAAACACGCUUUUGGAUGCCGGGAAGACUGGACUCACGUUGAAAGACGAGGUGUUUCAGGCUCAUAGGUCCCGGCACGGAGAGAGGAUACGCUUGAGUGGAUGGAAAGACCAUGGCCGCGCUGACGGCGAUCGUUUUCUUUUGAGGAAGCUGAUGGACGAAGGGAGAGCUAUGGGAGAUGAAUUGCUCCGAAAGUUCGACAUUGACUGUGGCCGACUGACCGGAGACAGCUACCAAGCGUUCUCAAAAGACCUAGCACUUCUCUUGCCGUGGAAGAACGCGCUUGCAAAAGCCGAGAAAGCAAACAAGACAUGCGCACCUUGGGCUCAGAGCUACGCCGAAGAUCUGGACUUAUUGAAGAAACGCGUCGAUCAGGCACACGUCAAGUUCAGACAAAUCAAAGCAGCCGGUGACCAGUACGGGACCAACAACCAGCCGAACAGACAGACGGUGUUGCUGAAGGCACAAGCCCUAUUCCAGCACGACGAAGAUCCGGACGACGUGGAGCUACGGCUGAUUGAUUCCCGCCAGCGGAAGAUCUUAAAGGCGUCUUACGCAUAUAGCCGACAGACUGGAUUCGGGUUUGACAUGGCAUUCAGAGAACUGUGUCAAAUCAAAGCCGAGUCGACUACGGGCGGAAAUGCGCCUGUGUCCCGGCUUUUUGACGAGGUGAAAAGUGUUUCUCGAGCUGCUGCUCGGGCGACAAAAGACGGGGACUGCAGCAUAGAUGAGUUGUGGUCUUGA